GCUACUAAUUAUGUAUAUAUAUCAAGAAUGUGUAGUUAUAAUUAUUAAUAUAAAUACUAAAUCAAAAUGAAAUAAUUUAGCUAGUAACAAAUAUACUUCGUUUGUGAUAUAUAGUUUCUAUUUGUUUGAUUGUGACAGAACAAUGUCCAGUUCAACUAAAAAAAUUGAACAAAUGCAACAACAUGCAAUUGAAUUAUCAUUAGAAGCUAUGAAUUUAUUCUCAUCUCAUGAUGAUAUAGCUGAUUAUAUUGCGAAAACAUUCAAAGAGACAUAUUCAGGUUGUUGGGAAUGUAAAGUUGGAACAACAUUUGGAAGCUUUGAUACAUGGGAUUUAGAAUAUUGUUUUCGAUAUUUUAUUGACCAAUUGGCAUUCUUACUGUACAAAGGAAAUUAA